AUGUAUUUUAACAACAACAGGACAACGACACCUUCUCCCUUGUACGGAACCCAAUGGGGUGCUCCUCGUUACAACAAGACACCUUCCAAGGUGGUUUCGAUUCCGGUUCAUUUCGUUGGGUCUGAUAGAAACAGAACUGAUUCGGUGAUGAAGAUUCAGAGGGUUGCAAGAGGGUAUCUUGUGAGGAAGAGUGUGAAGAAGAUGUUGAAGAUGAAGGUGGAGUUGGAGGAGAUUGAGAAGAAGGUGAAUAAUGAAGAAACGGUGAAGAUGAUGAAGAAGGAGCAAAAGGAGAGGAUGAGGAUGGGUGAAACCAUCAUGAAUUUGCUUCUUAGGUUGGAUUCUGUUAGAGUGUUUCAUUGUUGUGCUCUUAGGGACUUGAGAAAGUUGCUCAUUAAAAGGGCCAUUUUUCUUCAAGAGUUUGUUGAUCAAAUUCAAAUGGUGGUGGAGAAGGAAGGGGGGUGUGAGGAGGAACUUGAGGGUGGUAAGAAAAUUGAAGGUUUGGUGAAUGAGGAUGGAGAGGGUAACUAUGUGGAGGAAGAGGUGAAUUGUAUGGAGAAAGAAGAAGGGGGGUGUGAGGUGGAGAAUGAGGGGGGUGAAAAAAUGAAACUUUCUGAGAAUGAGAAUAUUGGUGAGGGUAAAUGUGUAAAAGAAGAGGAGAAUUGUUUGAUGAAGGUAAAAGAGGAAGAGGGUGGAGAUGAGGAUGAGAAGAAGAUGGAGGAAGAAGAGAGUGUUGGAUCAAGUUUGGUGAAGCAAGAAAUUGAGGAUGAUAGUGUGGAUGUGAAAGAAGAGGAGGGUAGAAAUGUAAUUGAAUGUGAGGAGGAAGAGGAUGAGAAUAGAGAAAUGUUAAGAAGAAUGAUGAAUGAUAAUGAGAAGAUGAUGUGUAUGAUGGCACAAUUGUUUGAGAGGAAUGAGAAGCAAACAUCACUUCUCACAUCUCUCACACAAAGGGUGGAGCAGCUAGAAAGAGCAUUCACUUGUGACAAGUUGAAGAAGAAGAACAAGAGGAGGAGACAUGUUGAUGCAAAACAUAGAUAUAAUGGAUGCAUAUGA